CCAAAAUGGAGACAUGUGUAAAUUGGUGCCAAUGUCAAUUACGUUUAUUCUGUAAAUUGGUGAGUUCCUUGGUCCUGCAAACUUAAUAAGUUGCAACAAAAAUAGUCUGGUGUAAUGUGAAAGGAUUUUUCGUGUGGAUCAAAUAACAGUGCUUGCAUAUGCAACGCAAACCAGAUCUGUGUUCGCAUUUCGUCGAUUUCAUGAGCUAACCCUUACAUAUUACUUGAUUGUUUGACGAAUUGAACGAAAAACAACUCAAUAGCAGUCAAUCAAAUAGUUAAGGAUUCGACAUAGCGAAAAUGGCUCCAGUUCCUCUGGAGGGUCAUCAGACCCCAGUUGCAAAUAAUAUACCACAGGAAGGAAACCGCGGUGGUUCAAUUUCUCUUGGAAUGUUGAUAGACUUCAUCAUCCAGAGAACUUAUCACGAACUUACAGUCCUCGCUGAAUUAUUACCGCGGAAGACAGACAUGGAGAGAAAAAUUGAGAUUUAUAAUUUUUCUGCAAGAACCCGUCAGUUAUUUGUUCGUUUAUUGGCGCUAGUAAAAUGGGCAAAUAGUGCAUCGAAAGUAGAUAAGUCAGCGCACAUAAUGGCCUUUCUGGAUAAACAAUCGCUCCUCUUUGUUGACACUGCUGACAUGCUGGCCAGGAUGGCACGUGAAACUUUAGUUCAUGCUAGGCUACCGAAUUUUCAUAUUCCUGCUGCGGUUGAGGUUCUCACUACUGGAACUUACAGCCGUUUGCCUGCUUGUAUCAGAGAGAGAAUAGUACCUCCCGAUCCAAUUACACCGUCAGAGAAAAGAAGUACUCUGCAACGUCUAAACCAAGUGAUUCAGCAUCGAUUAGUAACUGGAAAUUUGUUACCACAAAUGCGUAAUCUGAAGAUUGAAGCAGGGCGAGUAACGUUUAUGGUGGAACAAGAAUUUUCUGUUUCACUUACCGUAAUGGGAGAUGGACCAACAGUACCAUGGCGAUUACUAGAAUUAGAAAUAUUAGUUUCUGACCGAGAAACCGGUGAUGGCAAAGCCCUGGUCCAUCCGCUGCAAACUCGAUAUGUACAUCAGGUCGUACAAUCAAGAUUAGCAGAAACUUCACAACCCUUAUCAGAAGUGUAUCACAUUUUACAUCACUUCUGUCAGUCCUUGCAAUUGGAAGUACUGUACUCACAAACCUUGAGAUUAAUACGUGAUAGAUUGGAUGAUCAUAUCCACGUUGACGAGUAUACACCUGGAAAAUGCUUAUCCAUAUCUUACUGGAGAGAAUUGACCAGCAAAGAUCCAAGAUCAGAAUUAGGCUACAGACUCACUGUGCAAGUCGAUCAACACGACCCUGCCAGGCCGCUGGCUGUCGUGCAUAUUCCUUCUUUGGGAAGUAAAGUGAGUUUCAAACCAUCUCAAGAUUCAGUGUCAAAGAAUAAUCAAAAUAUCACCAAAUGCAACAUCCCCUCUAUACAGGAAAGUGAAAUAGCCGAUCGAGCUAUAAGAUCUGACUUGUUAUCAAUGGAAUGUCUACUCGUGCACACAAUUUACGUUCGAACACGAAGUAGGCUCUUAGAAUUGAAACAAGAAUUGCAGUCUAUGCUAAAAGAUGUUGAAUGUACCCUUGCUGGUUCACCAGCCAUCUUGUCUGUGCCGAUUUUGCAGCCCUGUUUACGUGCCGAGCUAUUACUUGUAACAGUCGACACUCAUACAGGAAUGCUUCAAUGCCAUGUACCGCAAUACGAAGCUCCUCUUGUACCAGAACUUACCGCCACUCUGAACGGGGAUCAUUCUAGGCUUCCGACACUCAUAUCAGAGCUUAGGUAUUGGAUCACACAAAGACGUUGUGAAAAAACACUUCAACAUUUACCUGCAACACCUCACGAACGUUUGCCAUUACUGCAUCACCCCGAUCAUCCAAUGUCCAAAAUUAGCAGACAUAGAAUGUUUAUUCAAUUACAUCGGCAUCCAAAUGUUAUACUGAUCGUGGCUUUCAAGGAGAAGGAAUCAACCCAGUGCGAAAUAGAUUGCUCGUUUUAUCUGGCAGUUGUCAAACACAGUUCUAUAGAAGACGAUCCGCAUGACGAUAGUAUCGAGACUGAGAUACCAAAAAUGUAUCUGAAACUUCUGACUCUUAUAGAAUUUGACACAUUUGUCAUUACUCAUGGCCCAUUUACGAGCGUAGACAGCGGGAAUAAUGAUCAAGAUGGGGGGUGCAUUACAGAAGUGGUCGAGAAAGGGGGUGGCAAACGUAGAAGUGGCGGACCCGGAGGGCGCACAGACGCCAGCGGAACAGGCCAAACUAGAAGACCUAAACAUCCCGCAUAUUUUAUUCCUGAAUUAGCACAUGUUGUGGCUCUUUGCGACGAAAGGAUUCCCUUCGUUACCCUCGCUCAAGAGCUCACCAAACGGGAUAUAGCACAUCAAGGUCUCCAAGUUGAAGCAAACGCAACAGCAUUGGUUUUGAAACUUGUGCAAUUGCCAGCCCCAUUGCCCAGUAUAGCAUCAAGUGUAGCGUGGCAGGCGCUGCUCAAGAGAUUGCUAAGCGUUUCCAUCAGGGUACAGGGCAAAGGAAUGGCCAAGACUUGGAUGGCAGAAUUUGUUUUUUACAGCAGCCCUUUGAGUAGCAGUCAUCCGAAAGAACAAGGAUUACGCCGACCUGUGUAUUUCCAAUAUGAAAUGGGAACGGCGGAUGCAGUGUCUCGCACUGUAGAUUCAUUGCUUAAUGAUUGGGCGCAGAUAGUUCAUCUUUAUUCUAUCGUUCAUGAUCUGGCUGAAUACUUCAAAAUGGAAAAAUAUAACGUGCGAAAUAUGGUCACCGUCAAAUCAUACAGCUACAGUAAAUUGGUCCUAGCUUACGGACCUAACAGAGGAGCUACGGUUACUAUCCAAUGGAGCACAAACGACAAAGCUUUCAAACUUGUCUUUGGAAAGAGUCCGACAAACAAUACAACAAAUGCACACUCGCUGAUGAAAGAACAGCUCGAAGCGCAUUUAAAUAGGCAUAGAAACUUGGCGCAAAUUGUGCAUAUUUUGCAUGAAACACUUCAACCACUGUCAUCCAUAAGCAAGUUACCGACUAUUCCACAAUUAGGUGUACACAAUUCCAGACCUCAAGUCCCAGUACAGACGUUUACUAUAAUACCCCAAUGCGUGACGUUGGUCAGAUUAGCUUACCAAGGAAUGUAUUGUCUGGAAUUACGAAUGAGGGGAAGUGGAUUAGUCAGUUUGAGAGAUGGAGCCUAUAGCCGUUUCGAUCGAAGUAACGUUGUCGAUGAAUUCACGCCCACGCAAGGUUUGAAGGCUUUCCUAUCCAAAUAUGUUGACGAAAGUGCUGUAUUCCGACGAAGAUCUCAAUCCGAGGACGACAAUCCACCUUCGCCAGUCACUAUGGACAGCGAAGGUAGUAGCGGUGUCGGAUUUUUAAGUCACCAUCGCGGUGGACCACAGUCUCCGGCGCAACAAAGGGAUGGGCUGAGGUUUCAUCCUCCUUUGACACCACCUUCUGGAAGUAACCCUCAUACUCCCGCUAGCCCUCAUACCGCAAAUAUAUCACAGGCGAGUCAGCAUCAAAGUUUUGGAAGCAGUCCUGCUACCUCUUUCAACUUGGCUUCGCCACCAUCUCUACCACCUAAUACUCCCAACAUGCUGCCUCAUCCAUCCCCGGGUGGAUUAGUUGCGAACAGUCCCCUCAACGCAAUGCACGUUCCUAGUCCAGCUGGUCUGAUGCCAACUUCCUCACCAGGACCGUGCAGUAAUGUUCAAGUGGGACAUUCUCCCGCAAGUUCAUUCAUGCAAACAGGACACAUUGAUGGAAGCCCGUUUCCGUCAUCGCAAAGCAUGGCUUCUCCGGCUGCAUCGAAUUGGCCGGGAUCUCCAAGUGUGCCACGCCCUUCCCCGGCAAGACCAGGGCAAAGUCCGGGACAUGCUGCACUUCACAGUCCGCAAGCGUCCGACCACAAAUCUGGAAGUCAUAUAUCUAGGGUGUUACCUCAAAGGUCCUGGGCUGGGGCUGUUCCGACACUUUUGACACACGAGGCUCUUGAACUGCUGUGUUGUCCGUCCCCACAUCCGUCAGGUCUGCCUGGACCCGAUCUGUCGCCUCUCGAAAGGUUCCUGGGUUGUGUUUAUAUGCGUAGACAACUGCAACGGUUUAUUCAGACAGAUGAUUGCUUGACUGCUGUGAACAGCACCGAACCAGGAGUGGUACAUUUCAAAGUCGAAACUCUCCAAUGUCGAGUGGGGUUGAACCCCCAACAUAUACAAUCGUUGCAUAUUAAAAUGCAGCCUUUGCCGGAGCACAAAGAUCAGUGGACGCUCGAAGAACUACAAAUUAUAGAAAAAUUCUUUGAUACAAGAGCCGCUGCUCCACCUUAUAAACCCAACACGCUGUCCGGGUUUGGAAAAAUGCUGAACGUUCCGUUUAAUGUUCUCAAAGACUUUGUUCAAAUAAUGAAACUGGAGCUCGUGCCGGGUUUAGUUCAACAACAACAACUCAAAUGGUCUGUCCAAUGGUGCUUGAGAAUACCACCAUCGGCAACACCAAUUGUACCCACCGGAAUGGCUGCCGUUCUCGUUUGCAGGAAUAAAAUCUUGUUUUUCCUGCAGAUCACCAGGAUAGGAGUUCAAUACCAGGGAGAAACACCUUCCCUCGUUCUUCCAUUAGUGUACGAUGUUAGUAGCAAUUUAACUCAAUUAGCUGAGAAAAGGGAUCCAGGUCCAGCAUCUGCAACUGCUGCAGCAUCCCUCCAACUCAAAAGGUUUGCCGAGUUUGGUGCAAAUCCUUCGGAGUGCUCGCUGUUUCCAGCUGUUAGAGAUCUCCUUGCUAAUCUCACCCUACCGUCUGAACCACCCGUCAUGCCUCAGGUCGUAGCAUCUCCAGCUGGAGGUCAAGUAACACCGACUCAACAAAUACAGAGUCCUGCAAUGCAGAUGCAUUCACCUAUGGCAGGAGGUCAAGGUCCUCCUCAAGGACCAUAUGGAAUUCAAGGCAUGCCACCCAUGGGAAUGAUGGGUGGACCGCCGCAAUAGGAUUUGCUUUACUCUCCCACCUCGCAUUGCUUAUCGAACAACCAUUCUGCCUGGCUGAAUUGAUUCCAAUAAUGAGUUAAUGGUGAUUAUCAAGUGUUAUUACCAAUCCUAAACUACACGAAGACUCGUUCAGCAGGAUUAUUUGAGGGAAAGGGGGGAGAACAGUGUUAAACAUAGUGACAAGUGACCUCAGAUAUGACUAGGAAAAUUCACGGAGCAGCUAGUGGACCAAAUUCUAAGGUAAUGAAAAGUUCACAGUUUAUUUUUAUCGAUAAUACGUAUUUUGGAACAUUAGCGGACUCCUCGUAAUUCAGUUGAUAGUAACAGUGGUCAGUUUGAAAAGUGGACGAUUUUUAUUGCGACAUAAUUGUAUAAAAUAGUAGAAAGUCUAAUGAUUUUGUGUUUCUCAAUCUCCAUUGUACAUUUUAGAUGAUAGAAUAAAAAAAGAUCAAUAAUAUUUCUUGUUCAUCAUAACAUGUGAGUUCACAAGUACAUGCUGGUGCAUAAACUUUAUUCACAGAAUGUUGAAAAUUGUUUAUAGUUUUUUACCGUUUCUUUUUUUCUUCUCGACAACACCAUUACACCUAUCAAAAUUUGUUGUAUAUAAUAUCGAUGGUAUAUUACAAUAACACAGGUGUAUUGCCACACUGUACACUGGUGUGUAAGGCUUAAGAAUAAUAUAAAAUUUUUAUUUUACUUCUGUGUGUACAGUUUUUACAAAACAUUUAAUAAUCUUAACAAAUUAAUGAUAUCUUUGAUAUCAUUCACUGUGUAUAAUUAUAAUUAUAAUUUAUAAUAUUAAUAAGAUAAUAAUAUUUGAUAGCCAUGCUUCAUGAUAUAAUCAUCGGAGUAUAUUGAUUAUCUAACGUCAAUUAUAUACAUUUUUAGGUCAGGUAUCAGUCUCUGUAUAAAAAUGUAAACAUAUUCCAUGACGUGGCUUUAGAUUUUGCAGUUUUAACGCAGAUUUCAAAGCCUCGGCUUGUGACCAAAAUUCUAAUGGUUAUUCUACAUGAAUGUGACACAUGUAUAUUCGAGGUAGUCAGCACCAGGGCAAAUUCACAUAAUCAUUGAUAGCCGCUAAAGAAAAUGUGCUAUUAUUUUAUUUUUUUCAUAUAAAAAGUGCACAGACAUAUAUGUAUGUAUAUGGACGGCCUACAGUUUGAGAAAAGAAUAUUGAAAUUCAAUGCAACUCGAACUUGUUAAUUUUAAAAAUCGAUUUAAAUACAUCAAGAAGCUCUGGCACUAAGCUCCCCGUUUAUACAAGAUUAAUUUACAACAAUCCACACGUUGUCUAAAGAACAUUUUAUCUCAAAAUAAAUUAAAACAAUAUCAAUGGAUCCAUUGGAAAAGAUAUGAUUCGUCUUGUUCUUGAGUUUUCUCAUUUAUUCGUCAUCUUGUUGCAUAAGACUUCGAUCUUCUGGACGUGCAAAUUAAAUUCAUAGAACAAAUUUAUCAAUCAAUAUUCACAGCGAUAAUAAGAACUCGUAUAACAUUUGCAAAAUCUUGUGCGUGAUUUUUCUUGCUCAUAUCCAUUUGAAUUAUCUGUGGUAUCCCAAAUAAAAUAAUAUCGUCGAUUCAUCAGUAAAAUCAAUUGCAAAAGUAAACAAUUAUCCUUGAUCUCGAGCAAUCCGAUAGUUGAUUAAAAAAAAUCAUGAUACUAAUGAUAAGGGUCCUAAAAGUACGAGACGAAUACGGUCGUAACAAAUAGAAAUAAAUACAAAUAAUAUUUAUAACGCUUCAAAUACAUAAUUGUAUGUAAAAACAUCAACAGUUUUGUGAAACUAAACCUACAGGUUUUUUGCAAUGGGAGAGUGAUAAGCUUGUUCACAGAUCUACAGGUGCUUAUAAAAUGAUAAUCGUUGUAUAGUUUCUUUUUUUUUUAUAUUCAUCUGUUUAUAGUUAAAAAAAAAUAUUAAUGAUAAAAAAAAAAAAUAGUGGGUGUAUAGUCAGUAUAAUUAUUGACAAGUAUA